AUGGCGGACCGCCUCAUGCAGCUCCAAGACGCGGUGAAUUCUCUUGCAGAUCAGUUUUGUAAUGCCAUUGGAGUACUGCAACAGUGUGGUCCAGCCUCAUGUAAUGACAUUCAAUCAGCAAUUAACAAGGACCAGCCAACCAACCCCACAGAAGAAUAUGCUCAGCUUUUUGCUGCACUGAUUGCCCGGACAGCAAAAAACAUUGAUGUUUUGAUAGAUUCCUUACCCAGUGAAGAAUCCACAGCCGCAUUACAGGCUGCUAGCUUGUAUAAGCUGGAGGAAGAGAACCAAGAAGAUGCUACCUGUCUGGAAGAUGUUUAUCGAGGAGAUUUGCUUCUGGAAAAGAUCCAGAGUGCACUGGCUGACAUUGCUCAGUCCCAGCUGAAGACAAGAAGUGGGGCCCACACCCAACCUUUCCCAACUACUAUCACUGUCACACCCUGGCCUGAGAAAAGGACCGGUCCAUGCCGUUAGAAUUCCACAGCAGAUAUACCAACACAGCAACAUCAACCUCUCACACAUGCUGCCUUUCGGCUGUUUUUAAUUCUUUCUUCAUUAUUGAUACAUAAGUUUAUAACAUCCUGAUGGAAUCUGCUUUAAGCCAUCUUUGUGUCAUCAUUUUGGUUUUUUCCCCUCUGGAUGAAGAUAUAAGACAGGUAUACAAUUGUGUUCAUAAUAGAGUUAAGCAUAUAAUAAAG